AUGUUUACCUUCCGCAAUUCCCCAUGCAUGACAGAACAAUACGGCUACCCACUCCAGUUUAGGAGCAUUGUCGCGGAGCCUAGAACUUACCAAAAAAUCUAUCUGGCACCAACUCCAAGAAUAAAUUAUGAUGUUGAUGAGACACCAAAUAAUUACGUGAUUACCCUAAAGAAGUCGGUCCCUCAGAACUUGGUUUAUCAGGCAAUUCAAGAACAUGUAAUGCAAUUCAGAGAAUCCUACAGACCACGCUGCGAACUGGUUUCGGAUUUCUUUGGCAACAGAUACUAUGUUCAAGAAAGCGUAAGCGAAGAACAACUUUUACGCGAAGCUAUGGAAAACAUCGACAUGGAGCGUAUAGGAAAGGAAUUGGCAAGGGACGCCUUUGAGAAUUAUUAUGUAAGCUUAGAUGACGGUGGGCGCCAAUUGAGGAUUGAGAGCCAGCAAGACAGAUUUGCGGGCGGUUUUGAAUUGACACAUCCAUGUCACGAGGCAUUCGCUUAUUUGCUAGAAAUGACUGAAGACUGCAACGCCACAAUGAAGAUUGUAUUGAACAAAAUCAGAACUCCAGAGUACGUCAGAAUUCCUGUCAACAUACAGUACAUUCCGGUCCGUGAGGAACUCCAGAGGGAGCCAAUUGUCCGUACCAAGAAUGUGCUAAGCGGUAACAACAGAGAUGCUCCAAAAACCAUAAGGAUAACACCAAAACAGAUAAACCACUCAACUAAAAGCGCUGAUGCUACUACUCCAAGAAUUAUAAGGAUAAAGCCCGCUCAUGGUGAUGACAAAGACAAGAAGCUGACAAACUCAUCCAGGGAAGAAAAUGUUUCAGCAACUCAACAUAGUAAGGACGCUGACACCGAAAUACGUCAAGAACAGCCAGAACAGACAGAAUUAAAAGAAUCACAACCAGGGGCAUCGGAAAAACAAGAACAAACUACGGAUGAAUGUGCAUUAGUAAGUGAUUCGGAAUCAGAAUCUGCAUCAAAAUCCUCCUCGAGGUCACAUUCCGUAACACUAGAAAAUGUUGACGACGAGGAAAUACAGAGGUGGCGCGCCUCCAUGAAGGAGAUGCCAAGUUUUAGCGCUGUGGUUGAGAACAAUUCUAGAUGA